ACCUCCUUCCCUAACCAUUACGCCACGCCGGAGGGACAUCACUCACAGUAGCGGUGAUAGACUCGCCACGUCGAACACUCUGCUCUUCAACCGACACAUUUAAGGUGAGCGCGGGAAACUUCCCCUGCUUCUAUGCGACUUCGUUUUUCUCUCUCUUCAAACAACUCUUUCCGCCAUUUCUCUCUCCGCACGGCGCACCUCUAUGCACCCUGCCACUGCCAUGGCUUCGGAGUCGUGCUCCUUGAUGUGGUUCCGGAAAGGCUUGCGUAUCCACGACAACCCCGCUCUCCAACACGCAGCUAAUGCCUCCACCAAAUGCUUCCCGCUCUUUGUGAUUGACCCCCAUUACAUGGAGCCAGACCCAACCGCUUUCUCGCCCGGCUCCACUCGGGCCGGUUUGAACAGGAUCCGUUUCUUGCUAGAGACCCUUGUUGAUCUCGACUCCAGUCUUAACAACCUGGGUUCGCGCUUGUUGGUUCUCAGGGGAGACCCCUCCCAAGUCUUGAUUCGCUGUUUGAAGGAGUGGAGCAUAAGCAAACUGUGCUUUGAGUAUGACACAGAACCCUAUUACCAAGCAUUAGAUGCUAAAGUAAAGAACUAUGCUUCUGUAGCUGGAAUAGAGACUUUCACUCCUGUGAGUCAUACCCUAUUUGACCCUGCAGACAUUAUACACAAGAAUGGGGGAACACCACCUCUUACUUACCAAUCAUUUCUUAAACUGGCUGGGAUACCAUCUUGGGCUUCAUCCCCUCUGUCAACAUCGCUGUCUUCGCUUCCCCCGAUUGGCAAUUUGGGGAGUCUUCAAGUCUCAGCAGUCCCAACACUUGAAGAACUUGGCUAUGUUGACUGCAGUGAGGAUGAGAGGACAUCUUUUAGAGGAGGUGAAUCAGAAGCAUUAAGGAGGUUGAGAGAGUCAAUUGCUAACAAGGAAUGGGUAGCAUAUUUUGAGAAACCCAAGGGCAACCCAUCUGCAUUUUUAAGGCCAGCCACAACUGUUUUAUCUCCCUACUUAAAAUUUGGCUGUCUCUCUUCCAGGUAUUUCUACCAAUGUGUUCAGGAAGUUCUGAGAAGUGUUAAAAGGCAUACAUCUCCACCUGUUUCUCUCCUUGGACAGUUGUUGUGGCGGGAUUUCUUCUACACAGUUGCUUUUGGCACUCCUAGUUUUGAUCGAAUGAGGGGCAAUAGAAUCUGCAAGCAGAUACCCUGGAAGGAAAGUGAUGAAUUGCUAGCUGCUUGGAGAGAUUCUAGAACAGGAUUUCCUUGGAUUGAUGCGAUAAUGGUCCAGCUUCGGAAGUGGGGCUGGAUGCACCAUCUGGCUAGGCAUUCUGUUGCAUGUUUUCUGACUCGUGGAGACCUGUUCAUCCAUUGGGAAAAAGGACGUGAUGUAUUUGAGAGGUUACUAAUUGAUUCUGAUUGGGCAAUCAACAAUGGGAACUGGAUGUGGCUGUCCUGCUCUUCAUUUUUCUACCAAUGUUGUUUUCACUUUUCACUUUUCUUCCAUCCCCCAAAAUUGCAACUUCUUUGCUGUCAGUAUCACCGCAUUUAUUCUCCAAUCACAUUUGGGAAGAAGUAUGAUCCUGAUGGGAAUUACAUAAGGCAUUUUCUCCCCGUAUUAAAAGACAUGCCCAAGGAGUAUAUUUAUGAGCCCUGGACUGCUCCUCUAUCCAUACAACGGAAAGCAAAAUGCAUCAUUGGAAUAGAUUAUCCAAAGCCAGUUGUUUCGCACGAUUCAGCUAGCAAAGAAUGCCGUCAGAGACUGGGUGAAGCUUACGAGUUAAACAAGAAGUUAGGCGGCAUGGUGAGGGAUGAAGAGUUAAAUGAACUAAAGAGAAGAGUGGAGGAGCAAGAUAAGUCCAUGGAGUAUAAAACAAAGAGGCAAAAGCAAACAUUGAUCGGUUAAGGUCCAUAAAAUAUGCAUCAUUAGAUUGAUUUGUUAUGGAAUCCAUAGCUAGCCGCCGUCGCCCCACCUACACGGCGGCGCUAUGUAUAAAAAGUUAUUGAUCCAUUUACCUAUACGUGUUUAUUCUGUCGUUUUCAUAGUGUUUCUUUUACUUUCAGACUUUUUGUAUGGUUGACUUUGUAAACUCAAGUCAAAUAGAUAGUUAGCUUUCAAUGGACUUAAAUCUUGGCUUGAGGUUGGGGUAAACGACUUGGGCUAAGUCAACCAACCACACAUUUUUUUCACACGUAAAUUGGUCUAACUG